AUGAAUAGCAAGCAUGAGGAUCAACAUUUUGACGUUAUUGUUAUAGGCGGUGGUGUUGCGGGGUCAUGCACAGCAAUAAGACUAGCUCAAUUAUUCAAUUCUGCCGUUACUACUUGGCCUAAAAUUGUAAUUAUCGACGAGAGAAACACGAAUGUAGAAACAUUUAAAAUUGGAGAGUCUUUGCCUGGAGAAGCAAAGCCUACGCUUAAAUCGUUAGGUGUAUUCGAUGCAGUAAAUAAUGACGCAAUGCAAGGAAAACAUCACUUUUGUUACGGAAACUCUUCUGUAUGGGGAUCCGAUGAUUUGAUCGGCACUGACACAAUCUUUAACGCAUAUGGUGAAGGAUUUCAUCUGGACAGGCUUUUAUUUGAGGAGACGCUACUUAAAAUAGUCACGUUACAAUACAGUCAAUUCAUUACAAUUAUGCGUGGCUCAAAGGUGACGGAUUUAUAUCUAUCCAAGGAUAUUGAUCAAAGAGAUAAACGCUGGAAGGUUACAUUUACAAGUGAUGAACCAUCCCGUACAAUCCAAAUCCAUGGAAAUAUCCUCAUCGAUGCAAGUGGCCGUCGUUGCUGUAUUCGAAAAUGUUUACAGGACUUAAAGCGCCGUUCUUUCGACAAGUUGCUGGCUUUCGCAUGUCUAUACGAAGCAGAUUGUGAUAAUUUAAGCAAGACAGAUUUGGAUCAUAAUACCCUCGUGGAAUCCUGCGCUUUCGGAUGGUGGUAUACUAGUCUAUUGCCUAACAAGCAACGUAUUGUUGUUUUUCAUACCGACGAUGAUCUACUACACCAAAUUAAUAGAAAGAUCAGGCUAGUUGAGGAAUUUAAUGAAUUCAUAAAGGAAUCCGCUACGCAUGUUGCCAAAUACAUAAACGAAUAUUCGUAUCGUCCCAUAUUAAAAAGGGUUAUAUGCGUGCCAGCAAAUUCUGCAUGCCUUUCUCAGUUUGCGAUUGGCGACAGUGCAAUUUCUUUCGAUCCGCUUUCCUCCCAAGGAAUGUUAACCGCCAUGUCUAGUGCAAAACUUGGUGCGGAGGCAGUAUUUUUUCAAUAUUUUAACGGUGGGACGAAAAUCGAAGGAAAAUUAAUUCAACCCUUGGAGGUCUAUCAGAAAUAUAUUGAGAACACGUUUCAAAAAUACGUAGGAGAGAAAAGUUUUUUUUAUAAUAAAGAACAGAGGUGGAAAAAUGAAAUUUUUUGGAAACGACGACAUGAGGAACAUGCCGAUGCGUUAAGAGAAAAUAUAGACUUCACUUCAAAAUAG